AUGCAUUAUGUGAAGCCAACCAUUCUGGAAAAAUCAAAAAAAGACAAGCAUGAGAAACUUGGGGAAAAGGAGGAAACCAUCCCUCCUGAUUACAGAUUAACUGAAGUAAAGGAUAAAGAUGGGAAGCCACUUUUGCCAAAACCUGAAAAAAAGCCUCAGCCCCUGAGUGAAAGUGAACUUCUUGAUGCUUUAUCUGAAGGGUUUUCUUGUUCUGCACCAGCAUCAACAACAGAAACACCUGCGAAAUCUACAGGUCCUCCUAGCAAGCCUGCUGUUCCCACUGAAGAGGUUAUUUCUUCUGCUGCCACUUCUGCCGUGCAUUCAUCUGUUCCAAAACAAGCAGCCAUCCCAGGUAGGAAAGAACUUGAUGAUGCUGCAGACCUUCUUGCAGACUCACUGGGACAAAGAGAGCCUGACCCAGAUGAAAACAAACCAGUUUUGGAUAAAGUAAAGGAAAAAGUCAAAGCUGAGCAUAAAGACAAACUUGGAGAAAGAGAUGAUACAAUCCCUCCUGAAUAUAGACAUCUUCUGGACUCUGAUGAAAAGGGUAAGCCUAUAAAGCCAACAGAUAAAGAUGGCGAGAAACCAAAAGAACAAAUGAAGCCCGACAGUGACUCAGCAGCCAUUGAUGCUCUCUCUGGGGAUUUCGACCAUUGUGGCAAACCUGCUGUUUCACAGCCACCUUCAACAAAGGAGGAUAAAUCAAAAGGUGCUGCCUCAUCUAAACCACCAAGGAAGGAGGAAAAGAAAUCCAAAACGCCUAAGAAGGCAAAGGAACAAUCUUCCGCCGCAAAAUCUGAAAAACAAAAAAAAAGUUAAAUGUCAUCAGGAUGUUUAUCACCAGUGCGAAAAUUCUUUAUUUUGAUGGACAGCUGCACUUUGAACAAAAGCAGUUUUGCAAAAAGAUAGCAUCUUGGACGUUUUAUGGUAUUGGGCUGUUUUGGCAUGCAAAGCAUUUAUUUUGCUAUUUUCUAGGAUGAACUCACAUUUUCUAGACACAUACUUUGUCUACAUCAUUGUCAUUUUCUUAAUUUUUGAGAAGAAAAGAAUGCUUUAUAUUUGUAAGAAAGAUAUUUCUUAUGGAUUUAAUAGGAGUGAAAUAUGCAAAAAUUUGCACAUAAUCUACCCACAGUGCCUGUAAAUCUCAGUGAAUCUAUGCUAGUUUGUCAUAAAAAGGAAUGCUUUAAACAUGAAUUUGGUUGCCUUCUUUUUUAGGGCAAUUGCCUAUGAGUACUUUUGCUGGAGAAUACUUAGGGGAAAAUGAGUAAAUAGUUGCAAAAUUUUCAAAGUUGGAGCAGAGUAGAAGCUAGUAUGCUGCAGCCUUGGCUUCUUAUCAAAUAAUGAACAGUGCCAUCCUCUAAAACUUGCAUUGCAUACAAUGUAUUUGUGCUACAUCUGUCAUUGGCUUCCUGGAAAGAUAUAGUACUACAUCCACACUUAUAGAGACAGGUAACUGGUGCUUCUUUCACAACCCCCUCCCCCAAAACUCUUCUAUACUAUCUGCUUUACUCUGAGCAAUAUGUAACACAAGAGGUGAAUACAUAGAAUGGCACAGUGCCCAUCCUAGGAAUUGAGAACAUGCAAAGAAUCCUUAUCCUAGUGCAGUGUUUUUCAAACUUAGCAGCUUUUGAGAUGUGUGCAUUUCAAUUCCUUUAAUUCCCCAGCCAGCCAUUCUGGGAUUUGAACUCCACACAUCUUAAAGUUGCCAAGUUCAAGAAACACUGUUCUAAUGUAUACAUAUAUGGCAUAGCUGAUUUCAGAAUAAUUCUUAAUCGGAAUUCAGUGCUGUCUUUUCUUUAAGUAUUCCAUGCAGGAUAUGUGAGAGAUGGAUAUAGUUCCAGAUUCAGAUGUGCUUUGAAAUCUCUCGACUGACUUCCAUUUUAAAACAAUCACACCUGUUCUUAGGUAGCUGGUUCUAUAAACUAAACCAACAUUAGUUGUUCCAGGAAUCUUAGCUGUGUGAUUCCUUUUCACCUGCACAGGAACUAAAAGAAAGAGCAUGGUGUUUUCUAUCACAAUGUUUACUUUUUUCAAAUGGAUUCAGUGAGAGAUUUCCUUGUGGAUUACAUCUUUCAUAUUGAAGACAAUGAGACUGUCCUUAAUUACAUGUAAUGUCAAUACUGAACUGUAUUUGACAUUUUACUGUGGCACACUAAUAAACAUUUUAUGUAUUACUUUA